GCUACACGCAUUGUUCGAUCGCUUGUCUUACGGAAUCGGCGUCGCUCGAGCUUGGAAUCGGAGUAGAAAUCGAAAAAGUUGAUGAAAUGAGCACGAUUAAACUCACGUUCGGAGAUACGAUAAUUUGAAAUACCAGCGAAUCGAGAAAUUUCAUCGGAAUCACCUCGGCCGAUUUUUAAUUAACCUCUGGUUAUCGGUCAGUGCGCUGGACAAAUUUGUUCGGACUUGCCGUUGGAAAUUUCGCGAAUAUACGUGAACGAGUGUGUUGAUUCGAUUUCCCCCGACUGCACCGAUUAUUCAAAUGAUUCGUAUAACAUCUUUUCAAGCUCGUACAAUUUGUCUGGCCAGUCUGUGCCUACGUCUGUCCGCGACGACGUCCACCGCCGACGUCGAGACGUCGACGACGUCGCUGGACUAUCAGAACGAAUGGGUUGUCAGGGUAGACGGAGGUCCAGAGAUCGCCGCCCUGUUGGCUUUGCAGUCCGGUUACAAGCAUUUAGGUCCGGUGCUGGGAUUCGAGGACACGUAUUUAUGGCACAAAGACAACCGUCCUGCACAUCAGAAGCGAGGACAACCACGGUUCGAAACGACCCUCAGCUCGCAUGCAAAGGUGAUUUGGGCGGAUCAACAAAAGGUUGUACACCGAGACAAAAGAGAUCACCUGCAUUUGGUCCAAGACUUUGAGGCUGAACGACCGUUGGUCAGGGAAAAACGACUUCCACCGGAAUCGAAUGCAAAUGAGUCGACCGUCAACGCGAACGGCACGCUUUCAAAAAAUCUACCGAAGUUGAAAAAGCGUAAAAAGAGGCUCACGAUAUGGAAUCCCAAAAGAAUCGUGGGUAAAAGACGCGACAAACGUUGGUACCGAGACACGAAGGAUUCCGAAAUGUUUAAUGACGAGCUUUGGGGACAAGAAUGGUACUUGCAAGACACGCGAACCACGAAGGACCUUCCAAAGCUCGACCUGAACGUCCUUCCUCUUUACCGGCUCGGGAUAACGGGUCGUGGUGUUCGGGUGGCGGUACUGGAUGACGGCCUCGAAUAUACCCACGACGACUUGCGCAGCAACUAUGACGCGGAAAUCAGUUACGACGUCAACGAAGGUGACCCGGAUCCGAUACCACGAUACGAGGCAACAGGAAUAAACGGUCACGGCACAAGAUGCGCGGGAGAAAUUGCCAUGCGAGCUAACAACGGGAAAUGCGGAGUCGGCGUAGCUUUCGGAGCUUCUAUCGGCGGUAUCAAACUCCUGGACGGCGUGGUGAACGACAGGGUCGAAGGAGAGGCUCUCGGGUAUCGCGCGGACCUGGUCGACAUAUACACGGCGUCCUGGGGCCCAGCGGAUGACGGGAAGAGCCUCGAGGCGCCCGGUCGACUCGCCUCCGAAGCUCUCCGCAAGGGAAUCACCCAGGGGCGUGACGGUAAGGGUAGCAUUUACGUUUGGGCUUCCGGAAACGGGGGAUCUCGAGCCGACGAUUGUGGAUGCGACGGAUACGUUGGGAGCAUCUACACCGUAGCCGUGGGUUCGGCGAGUCAAACGGGGAGAUUUCCAUGGUACGGCGAAAGGUGCCCCGCCACCCUCGCUACCACCUACAGCAGCGGAGCUUAUCACGAUCAGAUGAUAGCUACAACCGAUUUGAGGAAUACCUGUACCACGAGACACACAGGGACGUCAGCUUCGGCCCCUUUGGCUGCUGGAAUUCUUGCGCUCGCCUUACAAGUCAACAAGAAUUUAACUUGGAGAGACGUACAGCAUCUGGUUGUCUGGACUUCGGAGUACAGCCCUCUAAGGGAGAACCCCGGAUGGUUUAAAAAUGCCGCUGGCUUCUGGUACAAUUCGAGAUUCGGUUUCGGACUGAUGAACGCCUUCUCUUUGGUUACGACCGGAUACAACUGGACCACCGUACCGGAGAAAGGAGAGUGCAACGUGGAGCCAGACUACGCGGCGAACAAAACCCUGGCACACGACAGUCCGGUCCACGUUACAUUCGCAACAGACGGCUGCCGAGGAACUAAAGAUCAAAUAAACCACUUGGAACAUGUUCAAGUGGAAGUGAACAUCCGGUACAGCGUGAGAGGUGCUCUGGAAAUGCAUUUGACGAGUCCGUCCGGAACGAAAGUCCCAAUCUUGUCAUCGAGAAAACUGGAUGAAUCCGGAGAAGGUUUCGUCAAGUGGAAGUUCAUGUCCGUCGCUAGUUGGGGGGAAGACCCCCGAGGUACCUGGCAUCUUCGGAUCGCGGAUAGGGUUGGACCGAAAACCAACAGAGGAACGUUGGGUAAUUUGACCCUGAUUCUCCACGGGACCAAAACGCUACCGAAUCACGCAAAAAAAGGAGCAAGAAUAUACGACGACGAGUACAACAGGAUCAGAAAAAUGAACCAGAAGGAUUUACCGCCCGUGGAUGACGUACCGAAUUGGUUGGAGAGAAUAACGAAGUGGGAAAAUGGACCCGAAACGGAGGAGCUUUUCGAAUCACCAAUAGAAAGAAGAUGGUUGAACUAUUUAAGAUAAAUCAAUAAAUCCAGAGUUGUGAUGUGCGUACUUAUAAUAUGAAAAUGAAUUGAAUAAAUUAAUAAAACGACAACCGCA